AUGGACAUCGAGUUUGGCAACUGGAAAGCCGCCAGGCCGCGCGUCCAUCUCAUGAUCAUUUUCCUGUUCAUAACCACCGACCUCGUCAACCUCAUUCGCUACAUCCUGUACCUAUUGCCAUCACGAAACCUCUACCGCGCAUAUGGGAUCAACGCGUACAUUAUCUUCACCUGCGUAGGUAUUGUCUUCUUUGCAGGAGUAAGUGCUCCGCUUAUCUACUGGCCCUAUGCACAUGGCAAAGAGAUGUCGCCCGGGUCACGGCGUAAUGCGCUGUGUCUGGGCAUUAUCAUUUCCUUUCUCGUACAUGGACUCCCAAUGGCGUGGCUGGAGCUGUGGCUAGUCACCAUGUUUGGCUGGAAGGAUAUCCUUCAGGCCGUCUCCUUGUUCCUCACGCUUUUGUGCUUCAUCAUCGGCUUUCUCGUCACGUGGAUGGCCUACUCGUGGAAGCUGAGCAAGGUGCUGCAAAUCCGCUACGGUAACGCGGCCCCCAGUCAGUCAGCCGUUCCCGCUGCUCAAUUAGCACGGCGAAGCUUAUCACAAGCCUAUCGCAUUUGA